AAUUUUUUCUUAUUCUUUAAUUUAAAAACGUUCAAAAUGCCUGACUAUCUUGGUAAAGAUCAAAGAAGAACUAAAGAGGGUGAAGACGAGGAAGAAAAGCCAAUUACAAGUCUUGACGAAGGAGACAUUCAAAUACUCAAGACUUAUGGAACAGGUCCUUAUGCAAAGCCGAUAAAGAAGAUAGAAGACGACAUACAGGAUCACAUAAAGAAAGUGAAUGAGUUAGCAGGGAUAAAAGAGUCUGAUACUGGACUGGCGGUACCUUCACUUUGGGAUCUUCCUGCCGAUAAACAAGCACUCCAGAGUGAAGAACCUUUACAAGUGGCUAGAUGUACUAAGAUCAUUGAUGCUGAUACUGAUCACCCGAAAUACGUGAUUCAUGUUAAGCAAUUUGCUAAAUUUGUCGUUAACUUGCACAAGAACUUAGCACCUACUGACAUAGAGGAAGGGAUGAGAGUUGGAGUUGAUAGGAACAAAUAUGAAAUUCAUUUACCACUACCACCAAAGAUUGACCCCACAGUCACCAUGAUGCAGGUUGAGGAGAAACCUGAUGUCACUUAUGGCGAUGUUGGCGGCUGCAAAGAACAAAUUGAGAAACUUAAAGAAGUCGUAGAAACACCACUACUCCAUCCUGAAAAGUUUGUUAAAUUAGGUAUAGAGCCGCCGAAAGGCGUCCUAUUAUUUGGUCCCCCUGGUACCGGUAAGACCCUGUGUGCUCGUGCAGUUGCUAACAGAACUGAUGCUUGCUUCAUACGGGUCAUUGGGUCAGAACUAGUUCAGAAAUACGUCGGAGAGGGUGCCAGGAUGGUGAGGGAGCUAUUCGAAAUGGCUCGUACGAAAAAAGCUUGUAUCAUAUUCUUUGACGAAAUUGAUGCCAUCGGAGGGACAAGAUACAGUGACGGAGAUGGGAGCAGCAAUGAAGUCCAGCGGACUAUGCUUGAGCUAAUAAACCAGUUGGACGGGUUUGAGCCUCGGGGUAACAUCAAAGUACUAAUGGCCACCAACAGACCGGAUACAUUAGAUCCUGCUUUAUUGAGACCAGGUCGUGUGGAUAGGAAAGUUGAAUUCGGACUACCUGAUUUAGAAGGAAGAACACACAUAUUUAAGAUUCAUGCUGCUAAAAUGAGCGUGGAGAAGGACAUUCGCUAUGAGUUAUUGGCUAGACUAUGUCCAAACAACACUGGUGCUGACAUUAGAUCUGUUUGCACUGAAGCUGGCAUGUUUGCAAUAAGAGCAAGAAGAAAGACUGCCUCUGAGAAGGAUUUUCUAGACGCUAUCCAGAAAGUCAUAAAAUCCUACGCAAAGUUUAGCUCCACCCCACGCUACAUGACAUAUAACUGAGCUUGGGGCUAAGCUUUGGAAGAAGAAACUUCCUAUCUUAUCUCAUAGAUGUAUCAUUAAUUAAUUAACACUAAUAAUAAUAGUAAUAAUAAUGUGAUUAAUCAGAUGAAUUAUUCAUGAAUGAAGCAGUAUGGCUUCACUGCA